UUGAAAUCGGACAAAUUGACGAGGGCGAGGUGAAAUUGAAAGUUGCGACUUCCACCCGCAGCUUUUCUUUUUUUUUUGGCCGUUAAAACACGCCGCCCCUCAAAAUCCAGUUUCAGGGGCGCAACGACCACUUUGUGUGCCGACACCGAAGUAAGCCGGUGAUCGCCGGGGAAGAGCUGGCGAUCGGGGGGGGACGCGCGAGGCGAAUCGCUCCCUCCUUCUCAGCUAGCUAGCUAGCGAGCUAGCUAGCGAGCUAACGUUGCGGCUAGCCGGAGUGUGGAGCCAGCUAAUCCUUCCGCACAAAGGACUGUUUUGCCGGUAUUUGUCAGAUCCGACACCCCCAUCCCCCCCGUCACUUCGUUGAAUGAGGGCUGAUCUUACCUCGCAGGUUGACCAUGGUGCUGACUGGGAAGCGCUCGGAGAAGGGGCCAGGCUGCUGGAAGCGAAGGGUGAAGUCUGAGUACAUGAGACUCAGACAGUUGAAACGUUUCAGACGGGCUGAUGAGGUCAAGAGCAUGUUCAACACCAAUCGUCAGAAGAUCAUGGAGCGGACAGACAUUUUGAACCAGGAGUGGAAGACCAGGCGUAUCCAGCCUGUUCACAUCAUGACAUCUGUUAGCUCCCUUAGAGGCACCAGAGAGUGUACAGUAGACAGUGGGUUCUCUGAGUUCCCCAGGCAGGUCAUCCCUUUGAAGACUCUUAACGCUGUUGCUUCGGUACCUGUCAUGUAUUCCUGGUCGCCUCUGCAGCAGAACUUCAUGGUGGAGGAUGAGACAGUGCUCCAUAACAUCCCCUACAUGGGAGACGAGAUUCUGGACCAGGAUGGAACUUUCAUAGAGGAGCUUAUUAAGAACUAUGACGGCAAGGUCCAUGGAGACAGGGAGUGUGGCUUCAUCAAUGAUGAGAUCUUUGUGGAGCUGGUGAGUGCACUGACCCAAUACAGUGACAAUGAAGAUGAUGAGGAGGAGGAAGAGUCAGACUUCAAGGUUGACAAGAUGGACCUGUGCGAUGGAAAGGAGCAACCUGAGGACUCCUGCAAGGACCCCAUCGUCAGCACUGAAAGCCGCUCCAGCAGCGACAGCACUAAGAAGUUUCCUUCUGACAAGAUCUUUGAAGCUAUUUCCUCCAUGUUCCCCGACAAGGGCUCCACUGAGGAACUCAAAGAAAAGUACAAGGAGCUGACAGAACAGCAGCUCCCCGGUGCCCUCCCUCCAGAGUGCACCCCCAAUAUCGAUGGCCCUAAUGCCCGCUCAGUCCAGCGGGAGCAGAGCCUACACUCCUUCCACACCCUCUUCUGCCGACGCUGCUUCAAAUACGAUUGCUUCCUCCACCCAUUCCACGCCACUCCAAACACGUACAAGCGUAAGAACAUGGAGAACCUGGUUGACAGUAAACCCUGUGGUAUCGACUGCUACAUGUACCUGGUGCAGGAUGGGAUUGUGAGAGAGUACCCAGCUGGUGUGGUGGGGGAGCGGGCCAAGACACCCUCAAAACGAACCGUGGGUCGUCGCCGUGGACGAGUGCCCAAUAGCAACAGUCGUCCCAGCACCCCCACCGUUUCCUCGGAAACCAAAGACACAGACAGUGACCGUGAGGGCAGCAAGGAUGAUGAGCGAGACAAUGAGAAAGAUGAUGAUGACAAAAAAGAUGAGAACACCAGCAGCUCAGAGGGUAAUUCACGAUGCCAGACUCCAGUGAAGAUGAAGCUGACGUGUGACCCUGAGGCGGUAGACUGGAGCGGGGCUGAGGCCUCCCUCUUCAGGGUCCUCAUAGGAACCUACUAUGACAACUACUGUGCCAUUGCACGUCUCAUCGGCACCAAGACUUGUCGACAGGUGUACGAGUUCAGGGUCCAGGAGUCCAGCAUUAUCGCCCGGGCACCUGCUGAGGAUGAGGACACACCCCCUCGCAAGAAGAAGAGGAAGCACAGGCUGUGGGCCACUCACUGUCGAAAGAUCCAGCUCAAGAAAGAUGGCUCAUCCAAUCAUGUGUAUAAUUACCAGCCAUGUGACCAUCCCCGCCAGCCUUGUGAUUCUUCCUGCCCCUGUGUAACUGCACAGAACUUCUGUGAGAAAUUCUGCCAGUGCAGCUCUGAGUGUCAGAACCGUUUCCCUGGCUGCAGGUGUAAGGCUCAGUGUAACACCAAGCAGUGUCCGUGCUACCUGGCUGUGAGGGAGUGCGACCCUGAUCUCUGUCUGACCUGUGGGGCUGCAGAGCACUGGGACAGCAAGAACGUCUCCUGCAAGAACUGCUCCAUCCAGAGAGGAGCCAAGAAGCACCUGCUGCUGGCGCCAUCAGACGUGGCAGGAUGGGGCAUCUUCAUCAAAGAGCCGGUUCAGAAGAAUGAGUUCAUUUCCGAGUACUGUGGAGAGAUCAUCUCUCAGGAUGAAGCGGACCGCAGAGGGAAGGUCUAUGAUAAAUAUAUGUGCAGCUUCCUCUUCAACCUCAACAACGAUUUUGUUGUUGAUGCCACACGGAAAGGAAACAAGAUCCGCUUUGCCAACCACUCGGUCAACCCCAACUGCUAUGCAAAAGUGAUGAUGGUUAACGGAGAUCACAGGAUAGGGAUCUUUGCCAAGAGAGCCAUCCAGACUGGAGAGGAGCUGUUCUUCGACUACAGGUACAGCCAAGCUGAUGCUCUGAAGUACGUUGGAAUUGAACGGGAGAUGGAGAUUGCCUGACCAUGACGUCUACCUCCUGCGGAUCAACGAAAAGGCCUUACACACACACAUAAACACAGAAAUUUCACUCGCUUCAGGAAAUCCAGACAACCGUCAGAAUGCCAGAGAGCUUCAGGCAUUCUGGGAUUUUUUUUUUCUUUGAUACAACUGAAACAAAAUUUUGUUGCCGUUGAUAUUUUGUCACAAACUUUUUCUACCAAGCUUUUCCCGAUUCUUCUCUCCCACUUUGAAUUGUUUUUGUUUUUGUUUUUUUCCCUUUCCUAUCAACAAAUAUUCCUCUAGAAUUUGGGAUUCACUGUUUCUAUCACAAAUCCUUCCUCAGAUAUAUGGUGCAAAAUGGUGACCUCCACAAACUCUCGUUUUGAGUGUUUCUCUACUCUUUUUACUACAAGGCGGACGGAUAAACCCGCGUCUCUGCUCAGAACUGGCUUUUGAAUACAUGUUUUCAGGGACCAAAACUCCACCAGCCGGACACACACAACAAACUUUCUGUCAUUUCUCCCUCAGUGCAUCAGCUGACAGCGUUGUCGGCGUGACAGCCAUAUUGUAUUGUAAUGUAUUGUAUUGUAUUGUGUUGUAUUGUAUUGUAUUGUACACAUGGGUGGUGCUCUGCAGUGUGUGUGAAUUAACACAGCCACACACUCCCUGUGGUGCUGGGUCUGUCCGUCUGUCUGUCUGUCUGUCUGUCUACGGAACAGGGUCACAAAGCAGGACCCGACCAGCUGACCAACUCCCCUCUGAAAUUAAAACCAGCAUUCAAAAUGGCGGCCUUCCUAAUCUGCUGAGGUGAUUUCAUGAUUUAAUUUGAAUUCGGUUAUGUGUUGUACAAAUAUGAGAGAGAGAAGACUCGGUUUUUAGACCACAGACCUGAUGUUUCUAGCUCCAUAACAAUCAGCAUCUCCCCUGCCUAAGUGUCUUUGAGCAAGACACAGAAUCCCAACCAGUUCCAGGGUGGCGUUCUGUAGUUGCCCUCUUGACCUUCCUGUGGUCGAGGAAAAAUAUUUGGGUUUUUUUUUUUUUCCCCCUUUGGGGUCAACAGAUUGUCACAAAUCGCUCCUCCAGUUAGCUGGAUGACCAAGCAGCGAGCACUCCACUCCCAAGCACAAACCUCUCCUCUGCUCCAGCAGUUAUUUGCUUGGUUGAAUAUGCCCAAAAUGAACUGUAAUGCACUUAAAAACCUAGGUGUAUUUCACAGCAUAUACAUCUUGUGUCAGUAGACCCGAAUAGUCGUGUCCUUGUGACUUAGACAUCCAUUGCCUCUGCAGAGGCACUGUGUCUUAUUUGAGAUAUUGAAUGCACAGGGUGUUGGUGGGAUGUAAUGGGAGGUGACCCUGCUUUGUGUUGCUCCCUCAGCUACGAGCUGUUAUUGUAUCGAUCUCGACUCAAAAUCAAUGCUAUGACCAGGGUGGGAGAUCACCAGCUGCUGGCCAAACACUGGUUAAGUUUGGCUGCGACUCUGGCUGGCCACAAAAUAUAAAGACUAAUCUGUUGUGUAAUAUAGUAUAGUGGCUUGUGAAUGUCUGUGAUGACCGAAGUCUUUGGCAAUUCUCCACAGAGAAGAGUCUCCUGCUCUGAUCGCUGCUCCCCUCGCCAGUGAGCAAAACUGCUUUCUCCCAUUUUAAAAUCAACACAACCAAAAUCCCGUCGAUACUGUUUGAUAUUUUCACUGACGUAUUCUCCUGAAACUGACAGUCUCCUGUGUUUUAGAUAUCUAUUGGCGUUUUCUCCGAUGCGUUACAGAUGUACCGUGCCUUACUCACACUGGCCAGGUACCACAGGGUUUUAUAACUGUUUCCCCCCUUUUAACAGGGUUGGGUCAGGUGUGCCAGCCAGGCGUGCUGGUGAGGAAAUAGUCCACAUUUGAAGACUACUGGCAGCAUUGUAAUAAUUAUAUUGGCAGUGAGCAAAUGUUGCUCAGUAUUGGAAUAGAUAGUAAAUAAGCUCUGAUAACUGACCGAACCUAUAGUGGGUCCAUGUAUGGGUACGGCACGGCACUUUUGUGGUGGGAAAACUCUGGUAAUUGUUUUACUCUAGUUUAUAGAUGAGUCCAUUAGGUGUCCUGCUCUCUGCUGUGCCUUGAGUUCUUGACAGAACGCUGAACAGUCCCCACUGAUGGAGAUCUUAAACUGUCUUGUUAUUGAAGGUGACUGUUGAAACUGUCCUCCUGCAUGCUGAAGAAUUCCGCAUUUAAAAAAGGAGUUACCGGAGGAGCGUCUCCAACCGACUCGUCUGAAACAACAAAUUGCCUGGAUUCUUUGUUUUUAAACUUACAUUUCUUUUGUUGCACUGACUGCUUCUUGAGUAC